AUGUCUCAAGAUCCAGUUAUCCUUGUCUCGAACGAUAAUAAAGAGUACGAAAUACCACGAUCUGCAGCUAUGGUUUCACCAACCUUAAAGGCUAUUAUUGAGGGCUCCUUCAAGGAAAGUAAAGGCAGGAUAGAACUCAAGGAGUUUGAUUCGCACAUUCUAGAAAAAGUUGUGGAAUACCUAAAUUACAAUUACAAAUACAGCGGUGUUGAGGGAGAUGAUGAUGAAGAUAUUCCAGAAUUUGAAAUACCGACUGAAAUGUCGUUAGAGCUGCUACUUGCGGCAGACUAUUUAAAUAUUUGA